CUACACAGUCAAACAACAAUACAACCUUCACCAUCUCUUUGUCCAGUCAUCAUGGAAGGGAGAUACAACCUGAGGCCCAGGGCCUCUGGUAGAGUGCAGACUAACAACACUAGGAGGCCCCAGCAUUAUGUGCCACCUGCAGGAGUGCCUCCCAGCUCAGACGUGAACUCCCUCAGACAAGCCCUUCUCUCAGCUGAAGAGUGCAAUAUGAAGCUGGCCUCUGAAAACACUGCAUUGAGGCAGCAGUUUGCCAACCUGCAGGGAGAAAAUCACAAAUUGAUGCACGAGAAUCGCUGCCUGCAAGGGACGCUGGGUAGGAAGCUGCACAUGGCCAAACAGAGGGUCAAUGAUUUGGAAAAGGCUCUGGAGGUCACAAAGUCAGGCCCAGAUCACAACAAUUGGGAGGAAAGAGUCAGAGAGAAGGAAAGAGAACUCUCUUCACUUCGAGAAACCCUCAGUGCACAGAAGGAGGAGACAGAGAAAGUCAGAGAUUCAUGGAUGAAGGACUGUGACAAGAUGAAGGCUGCCUUUGAGGAGGAAUUAAAAAUGGUCAAGUCAACGUGCGACACCCAGAGGAGCAGUGACCUGCAGGAAAUUCAAGCUAAUUGUGAGAGGAAGGUGAACCAGCUGCAAGAGGAGAUGACAGAGAAGGACACUCAGAUCAGCACCAUGAGAAAUGAGAUUAAAACUCUGAACGAGAAGUUCAAGAAGGAGCUAGUGGAAAGGGAGGAGAGCUGGGAAAGGAGGCAGAAGGAAGCGGAGAAACUGUGGGCCCAACGAGAAGAUGCCCUUGUGAAAAAGGCGAGCGAAGCAGAGGAGGAACUGAAGACUGUGAUAGUUAAAAGCAUCAAUCUUCAGGAGCUCGUCCUUAAAAAGAAGAAGAAGAAGGAGAAGAAGCGAGGCCUCUGGAGCAGAGAGAGAGAAACAAGCAGCCGUGUGGAGGAGGAGACUGCAGGGUGUUCUGCUCAGGCUGGACAGGAAGGAAAAAAGAAGGAGAAGGAGGAGAAGAAGGAGAGCAGGAGAGGCUUCUGGGGCAAGAACAAAGAAAAAAGCAACGGUGACAAGGAGGCUUCAGUGUGUCUGACUCAGACCGGACAGGAGCAGAAAGAGAAAGACAAAAUAAAGAGGAGAGGAAGCCUCUGGAGCAAAAAGAAGCAAGAAACCAGCUUUGAGGAGGAGGAGGAGGAGGCUGCAGUGUGUCAGGCUGAGGUCGGACAGGACGAGGAGAUAAAGGAGAAGAAACGGAGCUACUGGAGCUGGGCUCGCUAGAAGGAAAGCAGCCACAGUGACAGUAAAGUGGAGGAAGGUGAUGGACGGCAGUGAAGCAUCCAUCCUGCACCCACCCUGACCCCCCACCCUACCCCUACUCCUAUCCUCCUAUCCUGCACC